AUGAACAUCAGAGACAGAAUAAAAUUCACUCAGAUAGCCGGUGACAAUGUUUAUUUACCAUUGUUACUGAGAUUAGCCAACGAUGUUGAAGAAAACCCUGGGCCUACUGUAUAUGAUGUAGUUGACCCAAGCAAAACUAUUUGUGCUGAUUUUAGCCAAGACAAUGGUAGAUUAUUCAGACAUAAUGCUGCCAAGCAAUGUGUUGCCAUGUCAUUGACAUCAAUAGUGCACAGCAAAGUCAAAGAUGUGAAUGAAUGGGAUUCGUUAUUCUUGAAUUUAAUUUUAUGUUCUGGAAAUGACCUUUAUACUUACAUAAGCAAUUCUAUUGGAAAAGAAUUUUUACUAUUAUCUGAAGUACCAGAGUAUGUUUUGGUAUCCAGUCAAACAUUUCAUGUGACUUACAGUGCCUCAUUUGGGAAGAUUUGUUUAUGAAUGCUACCAUGUUACCAUACUAUUCAUUGGAAGAUUCGCUAAAUAGCUUGUUCUUUAAUUCUCAAUAUCAAUAUUGUCUUUUGACAAUAAAUAGCAAUUGUGUUAGCAUUAUUAAAACUUCUGAAGGGCUUUACAAAGUUUUUGAUCCUCACUCAAGAGAUACUUACGGUAUUCCUGAUCCAAAUGGUAAAUGUGUUUUUGUUUCAAUUGAUAGCAUAGGAAAUUUAGUAACCUACUUUCAAAAUACUAUACCUGUACGAAGUGUGACACCAUUUGAAAUAAAAGGUGUAACAGUUGAGCUAAUGGCAUUUGAGUCAGCAGAACAAACAGACACUUCAGGUCAAAAAGCAAAUACAAAUAGAGCUUCUUACAAAAGGCAACAAACAACAGAGAGUGCAAGUCAUAAACAAGCUUGCUUGGAAAAUGCUAGGAUCUUCAAAAAGAGAAAACAACCCGAGAAAGAAGUAAGAAAUUUACAGAAUCAGGGUGAUUAUCUUGAAAGGUUUGACAUCACAAAUGGUGGUAUUCAUGAACAAGCUUGGGCAAAAUUUAACAUGCAAAAGUUUAGCAAAUCCGUUCAUUAUAUUGUAGCCAAAUGCACAAUUUGUAAAGAAGCAUGGCCUGUAAAAGCAUCUUCAAAAAUAUCUGAAACAUAUGUAUGCCAAAGGUGUUCUAGAGAUAAGAAAUCUCCAAGAAAAUUUUCAUUUGAAAAUUCAAUGAUUCCAUCCCCUCAACUUGUCCAGUUACAGGGUUUGACUCAAGUGGAAGAAAUGUUGAUUGCUCGAGCUCUCCCAAUUAUGAGAGUUUAUAUUAAGCCUUGUGGGCAGAGGAGUUACUCAG